AUGACUUCGGAGGAAGACACGCGACCUGAGCCCCAUGAUGUGGAGAAGGUCACAGACUCCCGCCCCGAAAACUCAACAUUAGUCUUGUCUGAAGAUCAAGCUCUGGCCAAAGCACGCAGUAACCCCAAUGAUGCUCUACCGAUUAUCAUCGCCUACGGUUCGAACGACCUCGACAACCCUCGCAACUGGCCGAAAUGGCGCAAGUGGUAUAUCACCAUCGUGGUCAGCAUGCUCAACGUUUUCACAACAUGGUGUGCGGGAGGUAUCUCUUCGGGCGCCACUGGUAUACAAGAGGAAUUUGGUGUUUCAGCUGAAGUCACUACUUUAUGCCUGUCUCUCUAUGUCCUAGGCUAUGCCAUCGGACCUGUGCUUCUCGCUCCACUCUCGGAAUACUUUGGACGUCAACCAGUGUAUGUGGUGUCUUGGUUCUGUUUAUUCAUCUUCCAACUUCCUCUCGCUUUGGCCCCGAACAUUGGCACCGUUUUGGUGUGUCGGUUUAUCGCUGGAUGUGCCGGAGGUGCGCCUUUGACAAACACUGGAGGCACUAUCAGUGACUUGUGGGAGCGGAACGAGAGCGGAGGCCCAAUGGCCGUCUACGGGCUGAGCAGUACCUUUGGACCCCCUAUGGCACUGGUUAUCACUGGGUACAUCGGGCUUAACCUGGGCUGGCGAUGGAUCUUUUGGGUGUUGAUGGCCAUGACUGGUGGCGUCUGGGUUGUUUUAUUGACCACAAUUCCUGAAACACGCCACACCACCGUGCUUGAGAACAAGGCCAAGCGUGCGCGCAAGCAAAUGAAGAAGGAGAACCUCCGCUCCGCAGAGUCGACUACAGACCUUCAUGAGAGCAGCAGGAAGGGUCUGCACGAACUAUUUGCGAUCACACUUACGCGCCCGUUCCGUUUCCUUUUCUCGGAGCCGAUCACGUUAUUCUCUGCGAUUUACAACGGCUUCUUAUACGGCCUGGUCUAUCUGUUCAAUGAAGCGAUUCCCCUUGUUUUCGGCGAGCCGAAAGGACAUCCGUUCAACACCGGUCAGCAGGGCCUGGCCUUCUUGGGAAUGGCCAUUGGCCCUCUGAUUGCGUUCUGUUUCUAUCCGCUUCAGGAGCGAUACUACUUGCGCCGUGUCGCGGAGAACGGAGGCAAAGGUGUUCCCGAGGCACGCAUGUGGAUGGCACGCUUGGGUGCAAUCUUGAUUCCUAUUAGCUUGUUCUGGUUCGGCUGGACAAGCUAUCGGUCAGUCCAUUGGAUCGUUCCAAUCAUUGCAUCCUCAUUUUUCGGAGCUGGUAUCUAUAUCGUGAUCCUCAGCAUUUUGAACUACGUAGUCGACAGCUACCAGACAUAUUCAGCCUCGGCUCUUGCGGGCGUGAUCUUGGUGCGCAACGUUGUUGGUGCUGGAUUCCCCUUGUUUGCGACCCAGAUGUAUGAGAAGUUGGACUACGAAUGGGCUUCUAGCCUGUUGGGAUUUAUUUCCAUUCUUCUGGUGCCAAUCCCAUUCAUCUUCUUCUAUAAGGGCAAAGCCAUCCGCCUGCGUAGCCCGUGGGCCAGGGAGCACUUUGACCAGAACGAGGAUAGCCCGCAUUAG